UGCCUGUUUGCAGUCAAGAAGAAGAACUCCUGUGGGACUGGAUCCGGGUAGAAAGGUUUCACUUCUGCUUCUGUCCGUUUAUCUGUCAUCUGAGCUUCGAGCAGAGAAUCAGUGUGCGAGCACGACUCUGUACGGUUAUGAAGAAGAAAAGUGCCUCCCUGCAGUGUGACUAUCCCAUGGUGAUCGAAGACUCCAGCCUGGAGGACUGGAAGGUGAUUGGUGGUGGUGGGUUUGGACAAGUCUACAAAGCCAGGCAUCGUCGGUGGGGUUGUGAUGUGGCCAUUAAGUUGCUUCGUUAUGAUGAUGGGUCCAGUUCUGCUUUGCUGCAUGAAGUCAACAUGAUGCGUCAAGGAAGCAGCCCCCACGUUAUUUUGGUCCGUGGUGUUUUUAAGGGUCAACCGCCCUUAUCUGGAGCUACAGCACAGCUUGGGCUGGUUAUGGAGUUCAUGGAGAGAGGCUCCCUAUCCUCUUUACAGAACACAUUAUGUGGGCCCCCUCCUUGGCCCCUGGCCUUCAGACUAUCUCACCAGGUUGCCCUGGGGAUAAACUUCCUCCAUAGUCUUUCUCCCACUUUGCUCCAUUUGGAUCUGAAGCCCAGCAAUGUGCUGUUGGAUUGCUAUCUCAAUGCCAAGCUUACAGAUUUUGGUCUUGCCAGGUUGUCCUACAGCAUCACAAGGGUUUCAACAAAGGACAAUGAAGAAGGGGAAGGUGGAACAAUUAGCUAUAUGCCACCAGAGGCUUUUGAGUUGUCCUACUCCCCUUCUUGGGCUUCUGAUAUCUACAGCUAUGGUAUACUCCUGUGGUCCAUUCUCACAGGCAAACAACCUUAUGCAAAUGUAACCUCCACCAUCGUGAGGUUACGUAUCCCACAAGGUGAUCGGCCAUUGCUGCAAGAUAUCAAGGGUCAAACUGCAGGGCUGGAGAGGCUGAAGGAUCUCAUGGUUAGAUGCUGGGCAGCAGUGCCCAUCAACAGACCCUCCUCCCGAGAGUGCACAAAUGUGACAGAAGACCUGCAUAAAAUACACAAACGCACAACCGAUGAUGCUGUCGUACAUGUGUUAAAAAUUCUGGACCAAAGGAGAGCAGAAACAACUGUCAUGGAGGAGUUUCAGAGGGUUCAUAUCACUCCACUUGCAGCAAGUCCCAGAGUCGACGGUAACAGAUCUGAUAGCGUGCUGACAGGACGGCCGCCCGUUCAGGAAGUGGCAAGUGGUUUUCCUGCAAGUCAAGGAGGCAAAGCAAGAGUCAAAGAUCAUCCUUCACCUCAAUCUGCAAACAUGGUUCCUGAUGACUUUAGUUACUCAUCAACAGACCAUAAAGUGAAGCUGCGUCAUGUUUACACCUCUCAAGCGCCCCCAUCGCCGAGGACUUCCCCAAAAGUCAGGCCAGCAGCAAAUAACCAAAAGCCAUUUGAGCAAAAUGUGUUUCCACAGUACCAGCGUCAGCAUUCUGGACCUGACCCUUUCGUUUGUCUUCCUGGCUUUGCGGCUGGAGUUAAGAUUUGGGCAAGCAGUAUAAGUGGAUGUCAAAUUGGCGAUAAUAACCACUUGCACAUGAAGGUGUACACGUCAGAAAGGAAAAGACACCCAACAGCACCAUCCAGCAUCACCCUCCCAGUCCCAUCUCCACAUUCUGGACACUCCAAAGACAAGGCAGGAGGAGUUGGUUGAUCUCUAGGGAUACUUUUUCCUGAGUUUACCCAUUUUUCUCUGACAUUUGUCUGUGUUUGCACAACAGGAAGGUUUUGUAAGAGAAGCUCCCGACGUUGUUUGUUCCUCUUCUGCUUUGCUUUUGCUGGCAUUUUUUAAAUAAUGCAGCAAUUCUUUGGUAAUGGAAUUACAAUGAAAGCACAUUUGUAAUAGCAAGCAAAGAUAUGACUAGGUUACUGUCACUGUAAUUCAACUGCCAUAAAAUUGCCUAGUAGCAUAUUUGACAUCUGUGUGCUGGAUCAUCCACAAAGAAACAUGCCACAUGUCCAAAAUGUUGCAGCUGACAUUCACUGACAAUGCAAGUGAUCCUCCUCAUCUGAGUCUCCCAAAGUCACCAUUUGUUUGACACAAAGUCAUUUGAGGUGUUCCCAACUAUCCUCCAAAGAGACCUGGUACCAAAGACAUUGAGUCACCACCUUAGGUCAUUGGUUAGUUGGUGUCCAAGUUGCACAACCACAACCACAACGUAAGACAGGAAGGAACAGCACCACAAAGACCUGGGGCCUCAUGUAUAAAGACUUGCGUGGAUUUUCUACUGAAGCAUGGCAUACGAUAAAACCAAGAAACUGUUGUAUGCUCCUCUAACAACGCUAACACAACCAUUGUUAGUGCCAUUGUCUUUAUCACUUUGUGCAUGCUUUCAUAUCCACCCAUAUAACUGCAAACACGUGGGUUUGUUAAUUGUUCAUAAGUGUGUCUCUGGUGUGCACAUCACUCUGAUGACUUCUUGUUUUCACACAAUUAAGUUUCCCAGUAUCACCUCUAUAUUUCACCAGAGGAACAUUAACUGUAGAAAUGUGUGUAUGACAGCCAUGAACUUGGUGUGGGGCACUGCACAUUUCCCUGGUCAUUUCAAUUAUGAUAUUUCUGAGCAUGGAGACGAACGUACGCCAUGUUUUUGUGCGUAUGCAGCCUUUGUACUUGAUGUCCCAGGUCCUUCUUUCUCCUGUAAAGUGAUAUCAGCAUUAACAAACACCUUCGGUGAUCUCAUGACUCUAUAAGCUUUUCCCUGGAGUCUUCUGACCGCCAAGGCCAAGAACCCAGAGAAAUGAAUGCCACUGCGGAGAUAAGUGAAUAUGUCUGGAAGUUCAACACUUUCCCCACGAGUCCAGGAAUGUCAACAAAAGCCUGGACUGGCAGUUGCAGACCCAGACACUCCAGCUCCCCUCUCAUCCUCUCAAGUGCUCAUUGCUUGCUCACUGUUUCUGCAAAGAUCACAGCAUCAUCCGCAAAGUCAAGGACAGCAAGCCUUUCCUCGCCCACCCACAGGGAAGGCACUGUCUAAUUCCAUUUAGCAAAUAUUUAACAGAUAUUGUUUUCCAUUUAGUGUUUGUUGGCCAUUCACUAAUUAUUUGCUUUGAUCAGACUGUUAACAUGCUGGAUUUUUUUUUUUUCUGUGAACACUAAAUCAACCUGUAAUGUGCAUAUAAUAACUUUAAUAAACUGUAACAAACUAUGGAUAGAUGGAUGGAUUUGGACUUUGUGUUCUGAUCCAACACAAGUGUCUGAAGUCCACCCUGUUGGUAAUAUCAGCAUGAUCCAUGUGGUACAGAGGAAUAUUUGCAAGUAUUUUUGAUCCAGGCCUGCACUGACAUAUUAAAUUGGAUGAUUUAAAUUAUAUAUAUGUAUUUUUUUUAAUAAAUGUACAUGCAUAUUAAAAUUUUACCAAUUCAGUGUGUUGAAGGAACACAACAGUCUAAACGGAAAUAAUUCAAGGGUUUGUCUUUUAAAAAAUGACCAUUUUAUGUGCUUCUAAAUUGAUUAUAACAAAAAAAUCUAAGGCUUUGCAAACAUCAGCAAUGCAACUUUUUUUGACCUACUUAAAAAAAAAAAAAGUGAAUAGAUUUAUGGUUCAGUUAUUGAGUUCUCUCUCUGUAUUUCAGAGUGGUAACAGGUUCCAAACCCAUAAUAGUUUAUGAGCAAUGUGAAACCUUUGGUUCCAUUUGCAUAAAGAAUGGGCCCUUGUUGCAUUGCCAAGAAUUGUUAAGACCCACAGAAUACCCAUUUUAAAACAAAUUCUGAACAUAAAUAUUUUAAUCAAAUGUCCUAAGAACUACGAAUAAUUUUUUAAAUUAUUUUACUGUGUUUUUUAUUGCAUUGUGUUUUGUUAUAUUUAUUUACUGCACAAUUUUUGCAUUGUGCAAGAUGAAAUAUACCUCGAGCCACUAGGGGUGCUGGAGAUAUUUUAGCUUGAUGUUUUGACAAGUUGUUCCCACCAUUUUUAUUCAUUCAUUCAUUCAUUCAUUUAUUUAUUUCUGUUCCCGCACUGAAUUACAGUGUUAUAGUGAUUGUUAUAGUUAUAACUGGAUAAUGGAUUGUGGUUUUAAUUACCUUCACCAAGUGACACAACAGACUGAAGUUACACAAUCACCCAAACUCUCUGUCUGUGUACAAUAUAUGUCUUAAAGUAUUUUGACAGUUGUUGGCAAUAAUUAAAAAGAGAUGGUGUUUAUUGGAUCUGUAAUGGUGUUGGUAGGUGUACAGCAUGUACUUUCCAAAUGGACAUCACUUCCUGUAUUGUUGAAAAGUCCUUUUAUUUCUCUUAAUUCUAAAAUAUCUGUGAUUUUAUUCAACAAUGUAACAUACAACAUAUUUGUAUUGUGUUCAUGAGUAAUUUUGACAUAAAACACAAGUGUGCAAAGUGCUCACACAGGCCUCUGCUGUGCACCGCGGCGUUGACACUAAUCAGUUGUGAUGGCUGUGUGUGAACCUGGCAGGAUCCUGGCACCAGAUCCUGUCCUUCGCUGCCAGCUCUCCAUCUGCUACCGAACGACAGUGAUGAACUUACACAGAAUACUGUAGACCCUUUUAUUGUUUGUUUUUAAAUGAUUACACAAAAUCUACAAAAUGGAUGCUAACAGCGUUACGGUUACAUGUGAAAACUGUAUCAGUGAUGGUAUUGGAACAUGUUUUUCUGAAAAACUGUGAUGGUGCAAAGCCUACUGUUAACCAGAAGACACCUCUCAGUGCACAGCAGGGCUGCGCUCUAUUUUCAGAACAACCAGCUGUCAGUGAUACAACAGGACAGAAUGAUUAUAUAUCACAUGUAAAGUGCAGCAGAGACAGUUAGGAAGCUAUAAAAAUGUUGCAUGUGGUAAACGUCUUUGGCAAACAUGAGAGCGAAAUAUCACAUUUAUUAUCUUUAACAUUAAAUCACUUUUAAAUUAAUCUGCAAUAACUAUCAGGUAAUAUGGU